AUGGCAUUUCAACCUACUCCGGCAGAUGUUUCCGUCAUCAUCACCAAUGCCGCAUUUUCACGGACGGCUGAUGCAGAGCCUCGCUUCGUCACUGAGCGCCGCAUCACCCCGACAUGGACAGUGUUUCAGCUCAAAGGGAAGCUGGAGACCAUGACCGAUGAGGAGGAUCGGGCUAUCGGGGAUUGGGGGCUGGCCAAAGGAUCAGAGAUUGUGGUCCACGAUUCCCGCCCACAGGCCAUGAGACCCAACUUCACCGACCUUUCAUCUGUGGAGAAAUACGAGCUACCCACGGAGACGUACGAGUCUCUUUCAAACUCUGUAUUGGCAUGGAAAAAGAACCAAAAGUUGGGCCGCUUUGAUCCCAAUGCGCUUUCACCCGAAGAAUCCCUUCGUCAGCAAGUAGCAAAAGACCAGGCUGAGAUAGCCUCUCGAGGCAUUGCGGUGUCGAAACGAGUUAUUAUUCUGCCAUCGUCGCCACCCCAUAUCAGACGAGGAAUCAUUCGAUUUGUUGGACCUGUGCCUUCGAUCCCAGUAUCUGGACCUGGCCGCGAACUUGAGAAGGAGGGGGAGCUCCCCGUGGAGCUGCAGCCCAUCUGGAUAGGUGUCGAGCUGGAUGAACCGACGGGAAAAAAUGAUGGCAGCAUUAAUGGGCAACGUUAUUUCGAAUGCCUUGAGAAGCGGGGUGCCUUCGUGAAGCCGGACAAACUCGAGGUUGGGGAUUUCCCUCCCUUGGGCCUGGAUGACGACUUGGAUGACUUGAUGGAGGAGAUCUGA